CUCGGGAAUUGCAUUCGCUUAUGAACUUUGACCGUUGAAAUAUUUCGACGAGGCACGAGCAAAAAUAAUAGCAUCUUCCACAAUUACCGAUCUGCCUCUCAUAUCGACUCUUCCCGAAUCGACACUUUGUUUACUGCAACUCUCCUCCUUGCAAACCUUCGACUUCGAUCGGCCCUCGUUUACCGGUAGACACUGUCAACCGAGUGUCAAUCACAUCCCACAGCAAGGGACGAGGAGUGUAGGAACGGUGCCUGCGGGGGCCAACUUGACAGCAGUGGACCUUGCAUCGCCGUUCCUUUCCGAUUGCCUCAUGAUCAGCAGUCACUAGGUAGCUAGCUAUUCGGCCUCAUCACCACUCCCUGUCGCCAAAUCUCGACAACCCUGCUGCGCAGCUCUAGCACGAGCCGAAGUCUCAACUCGACUUCGUCAUGGGCCAGGGUGAUGGAAUUGCAGCGUUGGAUUCGACCCUGAUGUGGAACGAGGAUCAAUGGCCAAAUCGAGCUGAAGCAGUGGUGGCUCUCGACAGCAAUAACAUGAAUCCAAGAGAUAGCGGCAGCGUUAUUAGCCAGGGCCCAGGCCGACCUGAUGAUAUUAUGAGCUUCUUCGACAACGAGACUCUCUCCUCGGGUUCUGCAAGUUUAUCUCAACCACUUUAUCCUAGACCUCUGCAUCACUACCCAAAUCAACCGAGUCACAUCAACAAGAGCCGCAUACAUGCACAACCCUCGCAUGUGUAUGCACCCGUUUUCGAAACCAUGCAUUCUCUACAGCGCCCAAAGCCACCACUGCAGCCGCAACGCCGACGCCGUAUUCCCACAAAGCUCGAUACUAACGAUUCUGCGGAUACCAGCGCCAUGGAUCAAAGCCAAGGCCUCGGUGAUCACAGCUUUUUACUGCCUUCUCGACCUAUCAGCAUUGCGACUACAGAUGCAACGACCACAACAGAUGAUCCAACAUGCAGUAUGAGCUUGUAUCGCGCCUGGGCAGAAGAGGAGCAGAUCGAGCUACGAAUACAGUCGGAGACAAGUCCUGAUAACGAUAACCUACGGCACAACUCGCAAUAUCAUGACUUGCUCAGUGAAAUCGAUACAGAGUGCCUCUUUCCCGACGAUGGCCUCACUGCAGAUCACCGUCCAUCAUCUUCCCGCAGUCACCUACUUCAGUGGCGACGUAGUCCAAGCGCCGCUGCUUCCACUUCUUCAAAACAUCAGAGGGUAUCUUCCGAUGUCCAGCCUCCGACCACAGAUAAUCGACCAUCAACAAUCAUUACGAGACAAGAAUUCGAGGCUCUUCCACCAACGAUUCAACGAAAAUACUUCUCAACUAUCGAGCGAUCGCAACUAGCUCAAUCACCCGACCUUGGACAUUGUCAACGGCCCGGUAGCGUCGGACAAGAUCAACUUCUCUCCUCUUGGACACCACUCCCCAAACCUAGAGGGAGCUACGAGCAUCAAGAAAGGCCUAUUACUUCGGAUGAUUCUAUCCUGCGCACAGAUUGCCCACGAAUUACUGAAACAGACCAAAAAUUCUACGCCAACCUUCCUGAAAAGAUAAAACGCCGCCACCUUACAGAGGAGGAGCUCCAGUUGGCGUAUAAGUCACAAAACACUUUCACCAACGCGCCAGAAGCAGUAUCGGACAAAUCCGACAAACUCCCGUCUAAAGAGAUCAAAAUGCCGUCGCCACUCCCAAGUCCUGGAUUGUCUGAAGGAACGUCGUCAUUCUCGGGUAUGCUGUCAAGGCAAAAUGACAGAGGCAUGCCGAGCUCAGACAUUAAGCGGUCGGAUUCCUUCUAUGAUAGUUUCCGGUGGCUUGACGAUGAAGAGGGUUUGGAUCUACGUUUAUAUCUCGAUGACUAUCACAUCAACCUGCGAGAGGAGAUACCGGUUCCCAACAAGAGCCGGAGACCAUCGUUCCGCCGCCAUUUGUCAAUUAAUAAGCUACCUUUUGGAAAACCCUCUGUCAAUGGACUAGGAGAAGGCCCUGCUUCCCCCACCGCUCUACCGCCGUCUGCCUCGCACAGUUCUAGCGUUGGCUCAUCUGGCCAUGUGCGGAAGAAGUCUCGUGCUCGCGCGCUGUCGUUGAUAUCUGCCAACAGACAAACACCCUUGGCCUCUCCCUCUCCCUUGACCCCACCCCUCGACCCUUCUGCAGCUCAUUACCGAGACCCUGAGGCUCGAAAGAAGCUUCGGGCGUAUCUCGCUUCACCGCAGAAAUUUGAUGAGGCCAUUGAGUUUGGAUUCUCUUCCAAAGACGGACCCCGACCACACACGGGAUUCAACAAGGCCUCUGCAUACGAGCCGGACAGAUUGCGAAGCUUUUUGGAAGAUGAUCGAUCGUCAAGAUACAGCGACGAUGCUUCUGCAGCUGAACCUGAUUCUCCAAAAACUCCUCAAUUGUUCGACAAGACACCUCAUAUUCGAUCUCUACGAAGCAGCAUCGAGCACUCAUCAUACUCAAGAGGAGAGAAAUCUAUAUACGACCCAGCAGCGAGUCGAGAAAUGACACUUCGCAUGACUUUGACACGGCCAGAUCUUCGCCAAAGCGAGGACCAGAUCUAUGGCUGGAAACAAACUGGUAGUCGAGUGAGCUCAAGUCGUGGAGAGCAUACACCUAGCUCAGCCUCGUACGCUCGUGAAGGAAAUCCCAAACAGAGCAUUGAAAGACAGCUCGCUGCUCUAGACCAGUGGGAAGAUCCUGUCGAUCAUGACAACCGCACCGUGAAAAGAUUCUGGAAUCGAGUCAAGCGGUCAUAGUCCGAGCCAUAGCGCCACAGCGCAACCACCUGCACCGGUGCAUUCAGCACCUAGGCGUUUCAGACUAUAUCAAAAUAUCCUAACCCAAAUCAUGUAUGGGUUGUCAAUCUUUGAGCAGCAAGCAUUAUUUUAUACAUUCUUUUGUUUUUUCUUUACUACCAAAUACCCCAAAUCGUUUAAUUGCUAUCUUAGACCUGUCACUACAUCGCAUUUGCUA